AAUUUUAUAAAAUAAAAAUACAAAACAAAAUUAAAAAAAUGAAUAAAUUAAUAAUUUUUACUUUCUUUUUAAUAUGUGUAUUCUCUAAUUAACCUGAAUAAGAUGAAGGAGUUUACGUUUUAACUGAUUCUAACUUUAAUGAAUUUGUUUUAUCUAAACCUUUCGUUUUAGUCGAAUUUUAUGCCCCAUGGUGUGGUCACUGUAAAUCAUUAGCACCUGAAUAUUCUAAAGCUGCCUUAUAAUUACAAAAGGAUAACUCUAACGUAUUUUUAGCUAAAGUAGACGCUACAGAAAAUAAGGAAUCUGCUGAAAAAUUCGGUGUUUCUGGAUAUCCUACAUUAAAAUUCUUCGCCGGUAGUUUAGAAAAUCCUAUUGACUAUUCAGGUGGUAGAAAUGAAAAAGGCAUCAUAGGUUGGCUUAAUAAAAGAACUGGAUCAGUAUCUGAAUUAAUUCAAGAUAAUGAGGCUUUAAAAAGUUACUUAUAGAAAAAUCCUGUUGUAUUAGUAUAUUUCGGUCAAAGUGAAACAGAUGAAAACUGGUCUGUAUUUAAAAACUUAGCAAUGACAUAUGAUGAUGUUGCUUUUGCGCAUGUUUUUAUUGCUGAUAUUAGAGCUUAAUAGUAAGCCUAGAAUACCGUUGUUGUCUUAUAUAAGCAUUUUGAUGAAUUGAGGAAUGAUUAUGAAGGAAUUACUUUAAAUACUGAAGAUUUGCAAAAUUUUAUUGAAAUUAAUGCCUAUCCUACUCUUUUACCUUUCAAUGAUAAGGCUAUAUAGAAAGUUUUCUAAUAAGCAAAUCCUACUAUUUUCUUGUUUUGUAAUGAAAAUGAAGCUUCUUAGUAAGCAGAGUAAGCUUUUUCUUUGGCCUCUAAAGCUUUUAAGGGUAAACUUAUUUUUUCAAUUUCUAAAGUUAAUGAUGGUUUCGGACAUUAUUAAAGAUUGGCUGAUUAUGUUGGCGUUAAUACUGCUAAUGCACCUUAAGUGAUGCUUAUACAUGCAGAAUAGGGUAUGUUGAAAUAUAAAUUUGAGUCUAAUGAGAUUACUAUGGAAACUUUAAGUGCUUUUGUAGAAAAAUAUUUAGCUGGAAAAGCAGAUAGAUACUUAAAAAGUGAAGAUCCACCAGCCACUAAUGAUGAACCUGUAAAAGUUAUUGUCGGAAAAACUUUUUAAGAACUUGUUUUGGAUUCAACUUAGGAUGUUUUAGUAGAAUUCUAUGCUCCUUGGUGUGGACAUUGUAAAGAAUUAGCUCCUAAAUAUGAAUCUGCAGCAAAAAAAUUAGCUCAUAAUAAAAAUUUAGUGAUUGCUAAAUUAGAUGCUAGUGCAAAUGAAAUUUCAAGUGUUAGUAUUAAAGGAUAUCCUACUAUUAAAUUCUAUCCUGUUGGAAAAAAAGAUGAACCUAUUGAUUAUGAUGGAGAAAGAGAAGAAAAAGGAAUCAUUGAAUGGUUAAAGAAAAAUGUUACACAUAAAUGGGAAGAAGUUAAAGACGAACUUUGAGAAAAAUUAAAAAAUUAUAAAUUUUUUUUUAUUUUGUAUUAAAUUACAUUUUUAUGUUUUUAAUAUUUAUGGUUUUUUUAUUUUAAUAAUAUUAAUUAUAAUUUUUUUUUUUAUUAUUUUAAAAAAAAUUAU